AUUUCUGAACCUGAGAAGAGUUAGUUUUUCUGGUCCAUUCGUUGUAGCUUCACCGAUUUCCCCUGUAGGCAGGAUGCAUACACUCGUCAUAGUAACAGCUUUGGUGCGGCUCGCAACGGCAUUUCAAGCCUCUUUCCAAGAGUCCGUCGUGUUCCCACAUCUUCUUGAGGAAAGGUCUCAGAAUGGUGAAAAAGUGCUGCGAUUGAACGGCGAGUUAACGCUGAAUUUGAAACAGAAAUCUGCUUAUCCUGAUACGCUGCUGCUGCGGACGAAUGAAAACGACGGGACCACAAAGGAGAGAUACAUCAACUUGAGAUACACCAGCGUUGAAUCGCCCAGAGUGACCAUCGUCAUCGUGGGUUUCACCUUCAACGUUCAACAAGAACCGUAUAUCCGUGGCUUUCGGAACUACGCCCAGUACAUUGACAUUUCAAGCACACUGGCAACAUUGAGGGACACAUAUAACCUGAAAAGUGCAUUCACAAAUACCGUUGACCUAAUAUUCCUCAUAAGUGGGUUAGACCUCUGUGGAACGGCGAACGGCCUCAUUGAGUGCAAGAUAGGUGGUAUGGCGUAUUUAGCAGGUGCCUGCACAGCACACAAGUAUGGCGUGGUUGAAGACAAGCCUCGGUCAUAUGACGUCGUUCGCAUGAUGGCUCACGAAUUGGGUCACAGCCUGGGAUGUGUCCAUGAUGGCGAAGGCCCAGACUCACUCAUGGCUGGCCAUCCUGGUGCUUCGCUGUGUCUCUGGGAUUAUGGCUACAUGAUGAGCUACGUGCAGAAGGACAACAACCAGUACAAGUUCUCGCCCUGCUGCUCCCAGCAGAUACAGUUUGUCUCCUUGCAGCAUACCCAUGGUUGUCUCUACAAGAAUGACAGCGGCAAAACAGCAGCAACAUCUCCGUACUUGCCAGGAACAAACACGACACUGGACCAACUGUGUCAUAAGAGUUUUGGCCAGGACGGGUUGCGAUAUAAAUUCGACACGACAAGAGUGCCUGCCGGGUGCCAGAUCCCUUGCAUAAGCGAGAAAUAUAUGGACGGCGCGAUGAUCCGUUGGAAGUAUGGCACAGCCACGGCGUUGGACGGAUCCAUCUGUGAUAUCAACGACCUCAGCAAGAUAUGCCGGAAUGGAGAAUGUGUGCACGCUGUCGGGUACACUCAAGGAGCGCAGCCGCCCCCACCUAUCCCGACAACGCAACAGCCGAUAUUACCAGUGGCAACGCAACGUCCGGAAGCGGGGACAACGACAAGAAACCUACGAAUACAAUGGGUAUAUCACUGGUACCCACACCUCGGCUGGAGAUUGGUACCUCAGUAUGUUGCGCAAUGACGUGAGCACCCGAAAGCUUGUGCUAACUGAAUAAAGUUAGUACGAGAUAUCUG